AUGACGGCUCAGGAUGAAAAGCAGCCCGAGGCGGCAACGGACGUUAUAAAAGAUGUAGAGCUCGGAGGCAACCAAGGCAGUGAUGGGGAUGAGAUGGUAUCACCGGAGCCUUGCUCAGAUGAGCAUAAGGCAGAAGUUGAAAGGAAGCUCGUACGACGUCAAGACUGGAUAAUAAUGCCCCAGUUUGUUGUGCUCUAUCUACUGGCCUAUCUUGAUCGGAUAAAUCUGGGAAACGCGAAACUUCAAGGCGUGGUAGAGGAUGCCUUGGAUGGAAACGAUUCCAAUUUCACCUGGGCAGCAAGUAUUUUCUACUUUGGAUAUGUUUUAUUCGCAGCUCCACUCACCUUAUGGGGCAAACGAUUUCAUCCAUCUAGAUUCAUGUUUGUAUCAGUCGUUGGAUGGGGUGUAGCUGCGGCAGCAGGAGCUGGUGCGUUCAACUUCGCAGGACUUGCUACAUCUCGUUUCUUUAUCGGUCUGUUCGAGGCAGCCUUUGCUCCCACAGCAGUGUUCCACUUGACCCUCUGGUAUACCCGCAGUGAACUAGCUCUGCGUACUUCAAUAUUUAUUGGAAUGUCUGCGUUCUCAGGUGCAUUCGGUGGCCUGAUUGCAUAUGGCAUUUCCCUAAUCAACACCAACAUCGGCCACUGGCGGGUGCUUUUUCUAGUUGAGGGUUUGCCGACAGUUGCUUUCGCCUUUGUGGUUCUAUUAUGCCUUCCGGAUAGGCCCGAGACGUCGAAAUUCUUUAAAAGCAAGGAAGAGCAAGAAAUUUCAAUCAGCCGCAUGAACCGCGGACAACAGAGUGAGGGUCACAAUAUGCUUGUCAUGAAGCAUGUUAUCUCGGGUCUCAAGGACUGGAAAGUGUAUGGUGUUGCUGUUGUCAAAAUGGGACACGAUGCAGCUUUGGCAACAAUCUCGGUGUUCCUACCAACAAUCAUCAAUUCUCUGGGGUAUACCAAAACUCAAGCACAAUAUAUGACCAUUGGUCCAUAUAUGGUGGCAUGGGUAGUGAUGCUUGGCAUCAGCAUCUUGUCAGAUAGGCUUCAGACACGCGGGCCAUUCCUCAUCGGAGGAACCAUGGUCGCCAUCACUGGGGUUUCCUUGAUGUAUGCGUUCCCGGCCAAAGAAAACCCAAAAGUCGCCCUUGCAGGGGUAUUCUUACUGCUGGCUGGUAUCUUCCCGUGUAUACCAUUAGAAGUGCAGUGGGUGACUGACAAUGCCGGCGCGGAGUCGAAGAAAGCAAUUUCCCUCUGUAUCAUUGUGAUCGCAGGGCAUUGCUUGAGUAUCCUUGCUAGCAAGAGUUUCCCUCAUAACGAAGCUCCGACUUAUACGCGAGGGUACAGCAUCGUGCUUGCAUUUUUAUCAGUGAGCUGCGUGAUGUCCAUUACAUUAUAUACUAGACACCGGAUUGUCAAUGCGCAAAGAGAUAGGGAAUAUGGCAAGCCUAACCCUCUUGAUAGAGUGGAUACAUCUGAGCUAGCAGAUGAUGCCCCGAUGUUUCGAUAUAUUCCAUAG